UCGGAACAUCGAUAGGAAGACAAGUCAGUCAAGAAGGCGGAGUGGUAGGAGUUGUCGUUUUGAAAAAGAGGAUUUUGGACUGCAAAUUCGGCCAAAAUGUCGGGCAACCAGGGGAUGGAACAGCUCAUCCCCAUCGUCAACAAGCUGCAAGAUGCCUUCACCCAGCUCGGGGUGCAUAUGCAGCUGGAUCUGCCCCAAAUCGCCGUGGUCGGAGGUCAAAGUGCUGGCAAGAGUUCGGUUCUCGAAAAUUUCGUCGGCAGAGACUUCUUACCGCGAGGUUCAGGAAUCGUCACCAGACGGCCCUUAAUUCUGCAGUUGAUACAAGCUAAUGUUGAAUAUGGAGAAUUUUUACAUCAAAAAGGACAAAAAUAUGCCAGCUUUGAUGACAUCCGUAAAGAAAUAGAGGCUGAAACAGACCGAGUUACUGGAUCGAACAAAGGCAUUUCCAACGUGCCGAUCAACUUGCGUGUAUAUUCUCCAAAUGUCUUGAACCUCACACUGAUUGAUUUGCCUGGUCUUACCAAAGUGCCAAUUGGAGACCAACCGGCAGACAUUGAGGCUCAAAUCAAGGCCAUGAUCUUCACCUUUAUCCGCAAGGACAAUGCCCUCAUCCUGGCUGUUACACCUGCCAACACUGACUUGGCAAACAGUGAUGCCUUAAAAUUAGCAAAAGAGGUUGACCCUGGAGGUCUGAGAACCAUUGGUGUCAUCACCAAGCUGGACUUGAUGGACGAAGGUACAGAUGCGCGAGACAUAUUGGAAAACAAACUUUUACCUCUGCGGCGUGGCUACAUCGGUGUCAUCAACCGAUCUCAGAAAGACAUCGACGGCCGGAAAGACAUUCAAGCCGCCCUUGCAGCUGAGCGCAAAUUUUUCCUAAGUCACCCAUCUUAUCGCCACAUGGCCGACCGAAUGGGCACUCCCUUUUUGCAGAGAAUACUGAACCAACAGCUCACCAAUCACAUCCGUGACACACUCCCUGGCUUGAGAGAUAAACUGCAGAAGCAACUACUGGCUCUUGAAAAGGAUGUUGAGCAGUACAAGCAUUUCCAGCCAAACGAUCCAUCGAUCAAAACCAAGGCCAUGUUACAAAUGAUCCAGCAGCUGCAGUCCGAUUUUGAAAGAACCAUAGAGGGCUCGGGCUCGGCACUUGUCAACACCAUGGAGUUGAGCGGUGGUGCCAAAAUCAACCGCCUCUUCCACGAAAGGUUCCCUUUUGAAAUUGUCAAAAUGGAAAUUGAUGAGAAAGAGUUAAGGCGCGAGAUUGCUUUUGCCAUCAGAAAUAUUCAUGGUAUCAGAGUUGGUCUCUUCACACCUGACAUGGCUUUUGAAGCAAUAGUCAAGAAACAAAUUGCCCGAUUAAAGGAACCCUGCCUGAAAUGUGUCGAUCUGGUUGUCACCGAGUUGUGCAAUGUCGUACGAAUGUGUGCAGACAAAAUGAAUCGCUAUCCGCGUCUUCGAGAGGAAACUGAACGCAUUAUUGCUACUCACAUCCGAAACAGGGAGCAACUUUGCAAGGAGCAAAUCAUAUUGAUUGUGGAAUCUGAAUUGGCAUACAUGAACACCAACCACGAGGAUUUCAUAGGAUUCGCCAAGUCCCUUGAGCCAUUUGAAUUGUUUGAACAAAUCGCCCAGCAGAGCACAGAGAACAAAGCAGCUGCCGGACGCAAGGUGGUCAACCAGGGCAUUCGCAAGGGCUGGAUGAGCAUCCACAAUUUGGGCAUCAUGCGAGGCGGCUCUCGGGACUAUUGGUUUGUGCUUACAUCUGAGAGUCUCAGCUGGUAUAAGGACGAAGAGGAACGCGACAAGAAGUACAUGCUGCCCCUUGAUGGCCUCAAACUGCGGGACAUAGAGCAGGGAUUCAUGUCCAAGCGUCACACAUUCGCUCUGUUCCAGCCAGACGGUCGCAACGUUUACAAGGAUAACAAAACUCUGGAGUUGAGCUGCGAGAGCUCUGACGAUGUUGACUCCUGGAAGGCGUCAUUCCUGCGUGCUGGCGUGUACCCGGAGAAAGCUGCAGAUGCCGCAAACGGCGAGGAGACCAACACAGAACCCCAAGCUUCAAUGGACCCCCAGCUUGAGCGUCAGGUUGAGACGAUCCGCAAUCUGGUCGAGUCAUAUAUGGGAAUUGUUAACAAGACUUGCCGAGAUCUCGUACCCAAGACUAUUAUGCUGCUAAUCAUCAAUAACUGUAAGGACUUCAUCAAUGGGGAGCUCCUGGCACACCUCUACGCCACUGGGGACCAAGCCUCUAUGAUGGAGGAGAGUCCUGAGGAGGCGCAGAAGCGUGAGGAGAUGCUGCGAAUGUAUCACGCUUGUAAAGAAAGCUUGCACAUCAUUGGUGAUGUGUCAAUGGCCACCGUCUCGACACCCGUUCCGCCUCCAGUCAAGAACGACUGGCGUAGUGGAGGUGGUGGCGGAAGCAUGGGAAGUAUGGGCGGCAGCUUGGGUGGAAUCGGCGGCAGUGCAGUCAGCGCUGGUUUUGACUCAUCCAGAUACUCGCCUCCUUCUCCUGCGAUGAACAGGUCGCAGCCUCCACCAGCACCAGCCGCAGCCGCUGGCAGAGCUCCUCCGACCAUACCUCCCUCUGGUGGCAGACCCGCUCCGGCAAUUCCUAAUCGUCCUGGUGGUGGAAUGCCGCCCGUACCUUCAGGAAGACCAGGUGGUGCCCUGCCACCACCACUCAUCCCAUCACGACCUGUGCCGCACAUUCCACCAAGACCACGGCCGUAGAAGAGAAAGUAAUUUUUUUAAGGAGUGAAUUAACUAUGCGGAGGUUAAAAACGUUAUUAUGGGAAAUCGCUUAAUCCAUCCCUAGUUAAAUGGAACUCAGGGAACUUGAAAUUCAAUCAGCGACUAAUUUAUUGCGCCGCCGAUAAAAGAAUAUAAGUAUAUAUUUUUCAGAAGCUUAUAACUAUCGCAAUGUGAUUUUGAAAAAAAAGCAAUAGCUGCAAGACAACACCAGUAAAUUUAACAAUUACGGCAGUUGAAAUAAUUAUUCUUGUUGAUUUUUGUUACUUUGGUAAGUUUUCUAAAUUGACUUCAAAGAAAUGUGAAAUUUUGUGAUCCAGUUUAUUGCUUCUUGAGUACGCCAGCCGUACUUACUUUUUCUCAUUUGCGUGACUCGCUUUAUGUACACAAGUGUAAAUAUACUUCAUUUUCAUUCUAUUAUGAAAAAGCACGCUCAUUCCCUAAAUUCUUGUGUAAAUAAUUUUCCUCUCCAUGCUCCAUGGUGCUUGAUUGAUAAAUAUUGUGAAAGUGGGCGGAAAUUUACCAAAGAAAACCCAUAACUUAUCGCAAACAUUUGAAAAACUACAUUUAGAAAUGCAUUUAUUUGUGAACACAUCCCUUUUUAAUUGUUGUCAUUUCAAUUUCAAGCAUAUUCAUGCUUUUAAAUUUCAUUCAUCCUGUUGUUGAUUAUUGUAUAUUGGUAUAUAUUUACAAUUAGCUGUGUAAAGGAGAAGCAGAAGUCUUAAUUAAAUACUGUACAAAACGGUCCAAAAUUAAAAAUUAGUCGGAUUGUGCAUCAUUAUUAAAAACAGUCCCCAUUGAAUCGCGCACACUUGCCAUUUUGCUCUUCACUCUCAAGUAAGCGGCUAUCACUUGAUCAACUGAAGAAACCAAUUGCUCGCUGUUGCCAGCUUCAAACUUUUUGUUCAGCAAAGUGGCUUUGGCCAACACUCGGCUGUCCACUGGUCUUUGCAAACCAACGUCCAAUGUUGCGUUUACCGUCCCCGAGCUGAUGGUGCAAAAACCAAAGCGACUCAUCACAUCCUUCCCCUAA